AUGCACGGUGUUGCUGAACAAUCCAAUGUUGAAGCAUCAGCUCCAUUACACCAGUCCAUAAACGAGGAAGCACAAUCAGAAUGCAAAGACCAAAUAACGACUUCCGAUGAUUCACCACCUGUGAUUAUUCAGAAAGAACUCGUCAUGAUUGGUGCAGGUCCACAUGCCCUCACCUUGAUGCUGCGAUUGAUCGAACCUGAUCCUGACCUUGAAGAUGAGAAAUCACGUCACGAGAAGAUGGAUUUCUUGAGCAAGAUGCGACCGAUGGCACACGUAAGACGACACAUUAAGGAGUUUCAAAAAGGAUCGGCUCACAUGCUGAAACAAAAGACGAAACGGAAGAAGAGUAAAGAUGGUGAUCAAAGUCCGUCCAUACCAGCAAGUUUUGUCAAGGAGAAUUUCCUGGUCGUGGAUGCUUCGGCUGAUGAACCUUGCAGUCUGCAUGGAUGGAUGGGACACUGGCAAAAGAACUUUGAAAUUAUGGAAAUCAGUCAGCUUCGAUCACCCAUUGCCGCCCAUGCAGAUCCUUAUGACCAUCGCACGUUAGAGCUGUAUGCGGAAGCCCAAGGUAGAAAGGAAGAAUUGAUCAUGUUGCCACACAUUCCAAGGAAGUACGGUCGAUGGGACUUUCACGGGCCAUUCAACGCGCCAUCCACCAAACUGUUUCGAGACAUGCAUCGAAAGUUGAUUGAAGCCUAUGGGGUUGAUGAGUUGGUGCUUCCCGGUAGAGUUAAAUCAAUACAAGCCAAGAAAUGUCCAACUACCGGAUCACCGUUGUACAUCCUUUCUAUUGCAUUGAAGGGAGGAACUCGCAUGUUGGUGGAGACACCACGACUUGUCUCUGCCAUGGGUCCAUCACCGCCCAAGAAUCUAUCCAUGCCUUGGUUGAAACGGGUCGAUGCUGCAGGAUGCAUUCUUCAUGCACGUGAUAUCGUACCCUUUAUUCAAGCUUCCAAGCAGCAGCCGCAAUACCUGCCAAACGGAUUGAAAGCGACAAAACCGUUGGACAUACUUGUGGUGGGUGGUGGUAUCACCAGCGCCCAUCUCUGCAUUGUGGGAGCCCGCCAAGGGCACUCCGUAACUCUUGCCCAGAGAAGUCCGACAUUGGUCCGUCAAUUCGAUGUAGAAGACGUUUGGAUGGGACCAGCACGGGGGAAACUAUUGGAUAAGUUUCAUUCAGAGGAAUGCAUGGUGGAGCGGGCCAAGGCCUUGCGAGAGGCUCGCAAGGGAGGCAGUAUGAAUGCUGAAAUGUUUGCGGCAUUACAAAAGAAUAGGCAUGUGACGAUUCAAGAAGAAUUGGAAAUUGCUGAUGUUGUGGUGAUUGAAGCAGAUGAUGUCGACGAAGAUGGACGGCGGGCGCAUCGCUGUUUGGUGUGGUUUGAUGAUGGUUCCGAUCCAGUCGAGUUUGAUCAAAUUUGGUUGGCCACUGGGUUUACUCAUUCCGUGAACAAUACUCCAGUUUUGAAAGAUCUAUGCGAUCAGCUUCCAUUCGCAACGACACCAGCUGGUAUGCCAAUCUUGAAUAGUGAUUUGAGCUGGAAAUUGGAACAAACCAAGGACAAUGAAUGCAAUAGCGACGGAAGAAGCUCAGCUAUCGAGCAGAACGAAACAGAAGAUGAUGAAGUUGAGGCUUCGUCGAAUCUUUGGAUAAUGGGCCCAUUGGCAGGGCUUACUCUUGGUCCAGAUGCAUUGAACUUGAUGGGAGCCCGACAUGGUGCUGUUCGGAUAGCAAAAUCACUACGGAAUGAUCCGCUGUGGCAAGAUCUCGCAACAGAAGAAUCUUAG